AUGCAUAACAUCAAGACUGUGAUUUACUUUAUGUGCAUCUUAACAUUUUUAGCUGUGCAUUGCAAUGCACUAAUAGGAAAAAAAUCUGGUCAACCUGCCAAGAAAGGUGGCUGUACUCGUCUUGGUGAAGUUUGUACUACCAGUUCCGAUUGUUGUGGUCAUGAUGAUCCUGAGAGUGGCCAUUGUGUUGUUUGUUAUAGUUUUUGGGCUAGUCUCACUGGUAGAGGUCAUGAAAAGUGUGGUUGUAGUUAUGGCUCUGUUACUGUUGAUCCGGAAACACAUCGUGUCAUCAGUAAUGUUUGCAAUGGUCCCGAUCGAUCUAGUAAUAGUGUUUGUCGUACACGUGUUGCUCCUCCUGGUGAUCGUUAUUAUCUUGGCAACAAGAUCUUUUGA